AAAAGAUUGCUUACCAGCCACGACUUAAACCAGUUAUCGUUCGUUGUCAGCCGCACGCCAACUAAAUGUUCCACGUGACUCAGCCACAUCCUAAUUCCGGGCCCUAGCUCGCAUUUUCUGCCCACACCAAAUAUUCGAAUCCAGCCCACUUGGACGAACAUCACGACAUCGACAACCGACUCGGUAACCUCGACAACACCGUCAAAAUGCCGAGCCACAAGACCUUCCGUACCAAGCAGAAGCUGGCCAAGGCCAAGAAGCAGAACCGGCCCAUUCCCCAAUGGAUCCGGCUCCGCACCGGCAACACCAUCAGAUACAAUGCCAAGCGGAGACACUGGCGCAAGACCCGCCUCGGCCUCUAAAUGCCCUCGCUCUCCCUUCCCUCCUUCGACCCCAACGAACGACACCCCGAUCUCUCCCGCGGCUUCUGCUGCUUGCUUCUCACCUGGCCCGGCGUAACCCAGCCUCCAAGACAGCCCGACCGACGAUGUUCCCGUUCUGCUAGACUUACUAUGACCACGAGGAGUCGAACGAAGCCAUGACAAGUUCCACGACCAGGGGGGAUCGGGAGAACGGCGGGAGGAGGAGGAGAGCGCAGACGAUGGAGCAGACGAGGUUGGCUUUUGCAAUCGGUUAACUUUCGGGCGGGUUCGGCGUCUCUUUGUUUUCGCAUGCUUGGCUGGGAAGUACAUGGGGCAGACUCGUUUCGCUUUUAACGGAGUAAUGCCGUGGCAUUUAGGGUCAAGGGGGAACAAAACGGAAUGAGAGACGGGCAUUUGAUGCCGUUGCGAAUGACGACUCCUGUCCAUGCCACCUUCUACAUCGUGUUAUGGGUGUUCUGCGAGAGCGGUAAGCGCUCGGUGUCUUGGGGGUUGCAACAAUGGGGACUUAUGCGCCGGUGCCAAACGGACGCAUCAAGGUCCCUGAUUCUGUUGCGGCAAACUU